AUGCUGCGGGUACGCUGCAGGUACGCUGCAAGUAUGCUGCAGGUACGCUGCAGGUAUGCUGCGGGUAUGCUGCAGGUACGCUGCAAGUAUGCUGCGGGUAUGCUGCGGGUAUGCUGCAGGUACGCUGCAAGUAUGCUGCAGGGCCAACGCGAGAUUGUGGCGUCGACCGCCCGCCCCGCCACGCGAGAUGUGGCGACGACCGCCCGCCACGCCACGAGAGAUGUAGCGACGACCGCCCGCCACGCCACGAGAGAUGUGGCGACGACCGCCCACCCCGCCACGCGAGAUGUGGCGACGACCGCCCGCCACGCCACGAGAGAUGUGGCGACGACCGCCCACCCCGCCACGCGAGAUGUGGCGACGACCGCCUGCCACGCCACGAGAGAUGUGGCGACGAUCGCCCACCCCGCCACGCGAGAUGUGGCGACGACCGCGCGCCCCGCCACGCUAGAUGUGGCGUCGACCGCCGCCCCGCCACGCGAGAUGUGGCGUCGACCGCCGCCCCGCCACGCGAGAUGUGGCGUCGACCGCCGCCCCGCCACGCGAGAUGUGGCGUCGACCGCCGCCCCGCCACGCGAGAUGUGGCGUCGACCGCCGCCCCGCCACGCGAGAUGUGGCGUCGACCGCCGCCCCGCCACGCGAGAUUGUGGCGUCGACCGCCCGCCCCGCCACGCGAGACGUGGCGACGACCGCCCACCCCGCCACGCGAGACGUGGCGACGACCGCCCACCCCGCCACGCGAGACGUGGCGACGACCGCACACCCCGCCACGCGAGACGUGGCGACGACCGCACACCCCGCCACGCCUCCGACGACUUUAACAUGUUCAACGACGUGUACACUUCAGUCAUAUCAUCCCUAUCGCCUCGCCUGUCUAGUGAAUGUAAUCCACAUGCGGCCCAGCAAUACAGAAUAUCCAAUUCUGUAUCUACAUUCUGCUGCACAUGCUGUAGCAACUGUAACACAGAUCACAUCAAGCAUAAUACAGGCUCCACCAGCCACAAUACAGGCUCCACCAACAACAAUACAGGCUCCAAAAGCCACAAUACAGGCUCCACCAGCCACAAUACAGGCUCCACCAACCACAAUACAGGCUCCACCAACAACAAUACAGGCUCCAAAAGCCACAAUACAGGCUCCACCAACCACAAUACAGGCUCCACCAGCCACAAUACAGGCUCCACCAACCACAAUACAGGCUCCAAAAGCCACAAUACAGGCUCCACCAGCCACAAUACAGGCUCCACCAGCCACAAUACAGGCUCCACCAGCCACAAUACAGGCUCCACCAGCCACAAUACAGGCCGCACCAACCACAAUACAGGCUCCACCAGCCACAAUACAGGCUCCACCAGCCACAAUACAGGCUGCACCAACCACAAUACAGGCUCCACCAGCCACAAUACAGGCUCCACCAACCACAAUACAGGCUCCACCAACCACAAUACAGGCUCCACCAGCCACAAUACAGGCUCCACCAACCACAAUACAGGCUCCACCAGCCACAAUACAGGCUCCACCAGCCACAAUACAGGCUCCACCAGCCACAAUACAGGCUGCACCAACCACAAUACAGGCUCCACCAGCCACAAUACAGGCUCCACCAACCACAAUACAGGCUCCACCAGCCACAAUACAGGCUCCACCAACCACAAUACAGGCUCCACCAGCCACAAUACAGGCUCCACCAACCACAAUACAGGCUCCACCAACCACAAUACAGGCUCCACCAACCACAAUACAGGCUGCACCAGCCACAAUACAGGCCGCACCAACCACAAUACAGGCUCCACCAACCACAAUACAGGCUCCACCAACCACAAUACAGGCCGCACCAGCCACAAUACAGGCCCCACCAGCCACAAUACAGGCCGCAACAACCACAAUACAGGCCCCACCAGCCACAAUACAGGCCGCACCAACCACAAUACAGGCCCCACCAGCCACAAUACAGGCUCCACCAACCACAAUACAGGCCCCACCAGCCACAAUACAGGCCCCACCAGCCACAAUACAGGCCCCACCAGCCACAAUACAGGCCCCACCAGCCACAAUACAGGCUUCACCAACCACAAUAUAGUCCCCACCAGCCACAAUACAGGCCCCACCAGCCACAAUACAGGCUCCACCAACCACAAUACAGGCUCCACCAGCCACAAUACAGGCCCCACCAACCACAAUACAGGCUCCACCAGCCACAAUACAGGCUCCACCAGCCACAAUACAGGUUCCGCCAACCAUAAUACAGGCUCCGCCAACCACAAUACAGGCUCCGCCAACCAUAAUACAGGCUCCGCCAACCACAAUACAGGCUCCACCAACCACAAUACAGGCUCCACCAACCACAAUACAGGCUCCACCAACCACAAUACAGGCUCCACCAACUACAAUACAGGCUCCACCAACUACAAUACAGGCUCCACCAACCACAAUACAGGCUCCACCAACCACAAUACAGGCUCCACCAACCACAAUACAGGCUCCACCAACCACAAUACAGGCUCCACCAACCACAAUACAGGCUCCACCAACCACAAUACAGGCUCCACCAACCACAAUACAGGCUCCACCAACCACAAUACAGGCUCCACCAACCUCAAUACAGGCUCCACCAACCACAAUACAGGCUCCACCAACCACAAUACAUGCCGCACCAACCACAAUACAGGCUCCACCAACCACAAUACAGGCUCCACCAAUCACAAUACAGGCCCUACUAUCUACAGUUAA